UUAUUUUAACACUGCACAUCUAUUAGUACAGCAGUAUUUUUAUUUAGAAGCCUACCCUCCCAGCACAUCCAAAUGCAAAGUAAAUCCCAAACACAAGAGAGGGCCAAAACCAAGGAACCUUUUUGAGUAAAGAGAAUCAAGAAAAGCAACACAGCCCUCCAUUCUUUACAAAUAUUUUAGUCCAAAUACUCCUCAACACCCAUCAUAAUCAAACCAUGAUUUGAAAAUCUUGAAACAAAAAAUAAUCUAAGUUGCACAAAAUGGGCUUACCCACAACACCCUUCCACAUCUUCUCUCUUUUCUUGGUAAUCUUUGCAAAUCUUGAACUUUUAGCAGAAGCCAAAUCUGCACCAGAUUACAACACAUUGGUAUACAAAGGCUGUGCAAAACAAUCUCUAUCAGAUCCAACUGGGAUUUACUCCCAAGCCAUUUCAACACUGUUUGGAACCCUUGUUUCACAAUCUUCAAAAACAAGAUUCUUUAAAACCACAACAGGAAGCUCUCAAACAACCAUCACUGGUCUCUUCCAGUGCAGAGGAGAUUUAUCAAAUGUGGACUGUUAUAACUGUGUCAGUAGGCUCCCUAUCCUCACUGACAAGCUUUGUGGCAAGCCUGUUGCUGCAAGAAUCCAGCUUUUAGGGUGUUACAUGAUGUACCAAGUUGCUGGAUUUGCUCAGAUAUCUGGGCUUGAACUCUUGUACAAGACUUGUGGAAGAACCAAUGUGGGUGGGAGUGGAUUUGAAGAGAGGAGGGAUACAGCUUUUUCGACAUUGGAAAGUGGAGUCACUAGUGGGAAUGGAUUUUAUACAACUAGUUAUGAGUCCAUGUUUGUUUUAGGCCAAUGUCAAGGAGAUUUAGGGAGCUCAGAUUGUGCUAGUUGUGUGAAAACUGCAGUUCAGAGAGCUCAAGUUGAAUGCGGCAGCUCUAGUUCUGGACAAAUCUAUCUUCAUAUGUGCUUUAUUACUUAUGCUUAUUAUCCAAAUGGGGUACCUAAAAUGUCAUCACCUUCUUCAUCCUCAUCUUCAUCUCUAUACAAUCCUUCUUCCUCUUCAUCAGAUAGACAGCAAGAUACAGGGAAGACAGUGGCAAUUAUAUUAGGAGGGGCAGCAGGAGUGGGAUUUCUAAUUAUAUGUAUGCUAUUUGCUAGGAGUUUAUUGAAGAAACAUGAUGAUUAUUGAUAAAUGAGGGAUGAUUUUGGCAGAACAUGAUGUUCAAUUUUGAGGUGGAUUCUUUCCUUCAUUUUCUUAUUUAUCCAUAGAGGGGGGAAAGAAUGAGAUUGAAAUGGGGAUAUGUAUUGAUGGUGGAGAUUUGAUUUGUGGGGAUAUGAAAUGAGCAGAGAUUGAUAUUGAAACAGAAAUGGCAGAAUGUAUUUUUUUUGUUA